AUGCCCGAGAACGAAGAUACUUCUGCAUCCUCGGAUGCCGCCGUGCACAAGCCUCUCCAUCCCGUGUAUACGGUCAGUAAUAUUCAGCACAAAGUCCGCAUUUUAGAUAGCACCAACGUUUCUUAUGCUUCGUGGGUCAAGCUGUUUACGCUCCACGCCAAAGGGUAUAAGGUACUUUCUCACAUAGACGGUACACCGUCACCCGGAAAAGAUUCAGCCGACUUUGCCGAAUGGGAGAACAUCGACUCCAUUGUCUUACAAUGGAUCUAUGGCACUCUCUCGGAUGCUCUUCUGGUUCGGGUCUUAACCGAUGAGUCCACUGCCCAUGAAGCCUGGCUUCGUGUCAAACGCCUUUUUGUUAACAACAAAGGCCCACGGUCACAGGCCCUUCAACAUGAACUUGCCAAUACCACUCUUGCCUCCAUGUCGAACCUCGAAGCGUAUUGUCAGAAAAUACGUGAUUUAACCGACCAACUUAAAGCCCUUAACUUUCCCAUGAACGACCAACAACGUGUCCUUCAUUUAGUCAAGGGCCUACCCAAGGAGUAUGACACCAUCUCAUCUAUUUUGAACAAUUCGCUACCUACUUGGGAGGAUGCAAUUGAACAACUACUCUCCGAAGCCGGUCGCAUAAAAACCCGAGAUGCUGUCACUCAUACUCCCCCCAUAGCCGCUGCCUUCCCACCCUCUACCACCCCCACUACCGACCCACAACAGCCCCAACAGAACUUUGGCCCACCCACCUAUAACUCCAACCGUGGCCCACCCAAUAACCGAAACAAUUACCGCUCAAACUCCCGCAAUAAUUCCAACCGUGGCCCAAACCAUUACCACAACCGCAACUCCUCAGCCCCACCUCGCAACUCCUCCAACCGCUCCUACAGUCCAUCACCUCCCUACCCAUCCAACAACCAACAGCCACCCUUUUACCCUCCUUUUUGGGCUCCUCAAUAUUGGACACCUCCACCUUGCCCUUACCCAACCCAAGCUUCGUCCCCACCUUACUACCCCUCGGCCCCACCCAAUAACCAACAACACCGUGGCAAUCCAAGAUCGGCACAGGCUAAUCUUACUGAGGUAGACCCCCUUGAACCCACGUAG